AUGUCUCAAGCUAGAGACAAUUCUUCCACCUCUGACGGCCCGGAUGCGAUGGCAGCGCAAUUGUUAGCGCAACUUCAGAUCGCUUCCUCUCGCACGACUCCUGCCAUCGCACCAACGGGCUCCAAAAAUGCCCUUCAGCCAGAGCAUCAGAUCACUGGCAACUCAGAAGAAUCAACAGUGUCUUUUGAGAUCAUCGUCCCAGUGGUUAACAACCCUGAGGACUAUGAGUAUUUGCCCGGUCACUUUGAGGUUCAUCACAUUCUUGCUGUCGAUCUGCAUGAGCCAAAGCUCAUUAUGACCAUCAAGAAACUAAAAAGCCUUAAUAACGGACGGGAGGCUUUGCGUGAAUUCAAUCGUGAAUCACAGAGCCCUGAUCCCCUGGCAAUGGAUUAUGAACCCAUUUCACAUCUCAUUUACUCAGGCGGAGAUGGUCCUGGAGACUAUGAUUCGGAUAUGGAUUGGGGAAUUGCACGAAGGCGCCAACAACGUGGGCCCAAAAUCUCAUACAGUCAUUUCUUCCACAGUGGCCAUGACGAUGAGGAUGAAAACUAUCAAAGCCGCCAUGAAGAUUACAGCGUGGAUAUCGAAGACUCAGAGGAGCCCAGCGACGAGGAUGAAUAUGGUCCUCCGACUAAACGCCGCCAUCUGAGAAGAGGUGUACAAAAAGGCCGAAAGCAACGCACUGACGAAUGGUCUGAACAGUCCCCCCCCUCUGAUUCUGGCAAACGAGCAUCACACCGCUUGCGAAAAACCCGUCAACGCAACCUCAAAGAGCGCCUUGAAGACGACGAAUUUUCCCAACCUGUGGCUGAGCAACCUAAAAAACAAAAGUUCUCAGGCGCGCGGGAGCAUUUCCGUGAACUACCUCACGACAAUGAGUUCAGACAGUGCCACUCCCAAUCCUGUACCCAAUGCGGCUACAAAGAUCAUGACCGCGAAAAAGGGUCUUUGGUUUUCUGCCAAGGUUGUACUGUGUCAUACCACCAAGGCUGUCUUGGCGAUCGAAGCAACCGAAAGCACUUGGUCACUAAGGUUGACAAAGGGGAUUUCAUUCUUCAAUGCAGUCGGUGUUUGGGGAUCAAGCACCAAGAGCAUGAUAUGAAGCCUCAUUUGGGCCACUGUGCUGUGUGCAGAGAUGAGGGACCCAUGUCGCAACCUUUGCGGGAGACUCUUUCUUCCCAGACUGAGCAGCAGUUACGGGAAGCCAAUAAUGGAGUAGAUCCAAUUGCCCACGUGGAUCUGUCCCGUGUCAACAAUGUUGACAACGUCCUCAUCAGAUGCCUUGGUGGCAGUCAUAGUUGCAAGCGGGCUUUCCAUAUUCAGCAUUUGCCUAACACAACUGAGAGGGAUCGUGCCGACAUUGAUCCUGAUCACUGGCAAUGCAACGACUGCUCUGAAUCACCCCCUGGAAUCAACCCAAUUCAUGCCAUCGUUGCUUGGAGGCCGAAAAAUGCCGAUGUCAAAGUCGUCCCGCAGUUAGUUGAAAUGACCCCGGAGAUCGACAAAGAAUAUCUUGUCAAGUGGAACAAGAUGUCCUACUUCCGUGUCACCUGGUUGACAGGAGACUGGGUCUGGUCCAUGGCUCCCGCCCGCCAGAUGAAGGCGUUCCUCAAGUCAGAUAGAUCCACCGAUCCCAUAAUGACAACAGCCGAGGCUAUCCCCGAAGAAAAUCUGCGAGUGGACAUUAUCUUUGACGUGGAAUAUCACAGCGAGCCCAGAUCCCAGGAGGAUCGAGCAAACGCCGAGAUGGUUAAGCGGGCUUAUGUCAAGUACAAAGGGUUGCCCUACGAAGACUCGGUCUGGGAAGAACCCCCAAGUCAGACCGACACAGCUCGCUGGGAGGAUUUCCGAACUGCUCUUCUUGACAGGGUGCUCCGAGAAGAUACUCACCCCCUGAGACCGAAAGAUCUUCAAAGCCGUCUCAGAAAUGCCCGCAAACAGGAGUUUGAUAAGAGCCUUAUUUUGACUGCUCAGCCUGCAUUGGUCACCGGUGGUGAGCUCAUGGAGUAUCAGAUGGAUGGCGUAAACUGGCUCCUUUACAUGUUCUUCAAGCAAAAGAACGCUAUUCUUGCUGACGAUAUGGGUCUCGGAAAGACAAUCCAGGUCAUCACCUUUUUUUCGGCAUUGAUUGAAAAGCUAAAUUGUUUCCCAUUCUUGGUUGUCGUUCCGAAUGCGACUGUGCCAAAUUGGCGUCGAGAAAUUAAGAGCUGGUCGCCGGAUGUUCGGGUUGUCACUUAUUAUGGCAGUAUUUUUGCUCGCGAGAUGACUAGGGAACACGAGUUGUUUCACAAGAAUGGCACUCUAUGCUGUCAUGUGGUCAUUGCUUCAUACGAGAGUAUGGUUGAUGAUGGGGCUAAGCGAGUCCUGUCCAGUGUCAAUUGGGCCGGCUUAGUUGUUGAUGAAGGUCAGCGCCUCAAGAAUGACAAGAGCCAGCUCUAUGAGCGUCUCCUUCGCAUGAAAUUCGGGUUCAAGCUGCUGCUCACUGGCACACCCCUUCAAAACAACAUCAGAGAACUCUUUAAUCUGGUUCAGUUCAUUGACCCAACUCAUGAUGCCGAGAAAUUGGAGGCUCAAUACGGAGGAGUCCUCGACAAGGAAGCCAUUCGUGAGCUCCACGACAUGAUUCGGCCAUGUCUCCUGCGUCGUACCAAGGCAGAAGUUCUGCCGUUCCUCCCCCCAAUGGUACAAAUCAUCAUUCCGAUUUCGAUGUCCGUUUUGCAGAAGAAGCUGUACAAAUUAAUCCUUCAAAAGAACCCGCAGCUCAUCAAGGCUAUUUGCAAGAAGCACACCGGGCAGUUGAAGAAAGCAGAGCGCCACAAUCUGAACAACAUCCUCAUGCAACUGCGAAAAUGUCUUUGUCACCCGUUCAUUUACAACCGGGACAUUGAAGAGCAAACCCUGGAUCCCCAACUUUCUCAUCGGCGCUUGGUCGAAGCAUCCGGGAAACUUCAGUUGUUGAACUUGAUGCUGCCUCGACUUCGAGAGCGUGGGCAUCGCGUUCUCAUCUUCAGUCAAUUCUUAGAAAAUCUGAACAUUAUUGAAGACUUCCUCACUGGAAUAGGGCUCCAGUACCGUCGCCUAGAUGGAAAUCUGUCCUCAAGAGAGAAACAGCAACAGAUAGACCAGUUCAACGCGCCAGACUCCCCGUUCUUUGCUUUCUUGCUUUCGACACGGUCUGGUGGUGUUGGUAUCAACCUCGCUACUGCCGAUACAGUCAUCAUCAUGGAUCCGGAUUUCAAUCCAAAGCAAGAUAUGCAAGCUUUGUCGCGUGCCCAUCGAAUCGGGCAAAAGAACACAGUCCUUGUGUUUCACCUGGUAGUGCGUGCGUCAGUGGAAGAAAAGAUAAUGCAGAAAGGUAAAACCAAGAUGGCGCUUGAUCACGUACUUAUCGAUCGCAUCGAGGCCGAUGAAGAUAAGGAAGACCUCGAGUCCAUCCUCAAGCACGGUGCUCAGGCUCUUUUCAAUGAUGAUAACUCAGCAGAUAUCACAUACGAUACCCCCUCCAUUGACAAGCUGUUGGACCGUAGCCAGGCCGAGCAGGCCAAGCAAGUGGCCAACGAGGGAAGUUCGAACCAGAAUGAGCAGGCGCAAUUUAACUUUGCCCGGGUGUGGCAAAAGGAUCAAGGUAGCCUUGAAGAAGUGACUGAGACCGAGGACACCCCUGUGGAUGUUACGGCGUGGGAGAAGAUUUUGCAGGAGCGUGAGCGUGAGGCGCUGGAGGAGGCUAACCGUCAAACUGAAGGUCUUGGGCGUGGUAAAAGAAAGCGCGGUGCGCCCCGCUACGAUAACAUCAUCGACGGUGUUGACGACGAUGAGAACCCUAGUCCCACUCGACAGCCGCCUGCCAAGAUGCGAAAGGCAGCCGCUGAUAACGACUAUGAGUUCAAACGGCCAGAAGAAGGAGAUGAGACCGAGACCGAGUCGGAACGUGGACUUGAGCCACCACAUAAUGGGGAUGAUGGAAUUAUGUCAAUGGGCACAGCGUUUGACGGUGACAAGACAGAGUCGUACACUGGAGCUACGCAAAUGGGUAUUGCAAAGGACUUUGCGGUUAGCCCUAGCGUGUAUGCUGAACAUCAAGCCCGCAUGUUCCGCCGUGUUGAAUCCCCACCCCCGGUGGCAUCAAUGGGCGCCAACGGUACCCAACAAGCUUCCCCACCUUGUGUGGCAUGUCAAAAACACCACAUCACCGGGCGUUGCCCACUCCGUCACGCCGGCGUCGAGUUCUGUGGCCUAUGCGGGUUGGCACAUUGGGGAGGUCGCCGGGCCUGCCCCCACAUGCAGUCAAGCGUGCAGAUCACCCGCAUGCUGGAGGCUCUGGAGAAGAGCACGGAAGCCCCGCCCCUAAUUUCGCUGGCAAAGAGAUACCUUCAGGGUAUUCUCAAAUCGGUUGCGCGGACUGCUCGUGAUGAACGGAAGAAAGCGAUGCUUUCCGCUCAGGCGGAGCCUCAGGCUCAGCUCACCUCGGCCUCAACUGGCGGGGUGAGCCGAGCUAAUGUCACUGAUUUGACAGAGGGAAGUGCCGAAUCGUAA